AUGUUUUCUCCCACUUUAUUGGAACGGCUGUCUUCCCGCCACCACGUUUCUCAGCGCGACAUCGUGCUCCUUUUCGUGAAGCUGCUGGUGCCUUACCUUCCGCCCGGAGAACCCCAUGCGUCUGGAGUCGGUCUUUCGGCUGGGUGGAUUCCACUGGCCGGCAUUCACCCCGUUAUUCGUCGGUGGCUACUGGACGAGCACAGUCUAUGGGCCGCUGCCGUCUGCAGCGUCCCCUCCACUACUGCAAUCUCAAUGUUCCUCGAUCGGUCCGGUGACUGUCCUAUUUCAAUCGACCUCACGCUUCUCUACCGCCAUUCUUCCCAUCGCGACUUCCCCUUGCUUAUGGCCCUGCUCAUGAAUCGCGAUACCUUCGCCCCACCACCUGUUAUUCGCGCUAUCGAGUUUCUCCCUAUGCACGUCGACAACCUUUCAUACCACGCCGGUAUCCGACAUUACCUCGAGGCCUGGCCCGUGACAUUUUCAGGAGUCACGUUUGCGCACCUCGCGCGGCUGACUCUUCAUGUGUUAUCGUCGUUCCCCGCUUUCUCCGCCCCAUCGUUGGAAGAGCUUGUCUUGCUUGGUGUGCGCACAUCCGAGACGAUGUCGGUGGUCACGUCCUGGAAGUUCUCGCCCAAAAUCUCUCUAUCUAACUUCCGAUCAUUACUCGAAGGCGUGCAGCGCCUCGUAUCCGUGGAGAUCCGGAACCUCGAUUUGGACGCCAACUCCACCCGUUGCAAUCCAUUGCAGUUGCACGAUUCCUUGCAAACGAGAAUAUUGUCUAUGCGCUCUGCGUCGGCCGUGACAGCUUUCCUCGCUUGUUUGCGGAGUGCGCGCGACACCGAGACGGUUAUUGUCACCCGGAUACCGUAUGGAGAUCUUCUUCCUGAUUGGACAUGGGGUUCUGCAGGCCUGAACCCCGCCCGUUCUCUGGCUCUCGUAGCCGAAAGCUGCAACAACUUCAUAUGGCUUACCUUUUUGUCUAUCGAUGACGCCGCUUCAGCAACACGGCCUGUUUAUUGUGACGCGGAUGAUCCGUAUUCCAUCUCGGAAGCGCGACCUAAUCGUCCCAACCUCUUCGUGCGUAACGGCCGCAUCUCGAGGCUUUAUAUCCCCGAUAAACUGGACGCCUACCGAAACGCGCUUUGCGAUGACAUACUCUCCCGGUCUUCAUUCAUUCGAGCUCUCUACGUGUCUGAGUUGGCGGUGAAGGUGGAUGGCGUCGACGUCUGGCUCAGGAAGGCCCACAAUUUUGUCCCAUACAUCAUGCGAUCGCUGGAUGACAUCACGUCCCGGGUUAUUGAGGACGAGCGCAUGGCACACCUACCUCUUUACGCGUCAAGCACUUGCUCGAAUGUGCAUUUCUACUGUCGCGAUGACUGGUAUGGGUUAUCCCAUCUGUCUUACUUCACGCAGGCCAUUCUGGAUCCGCGGUGCACGUAUGUCAAGCAUGUUUGGCUACACGGCGCGUUGAGAACCGUGGAUUUAGAUUUGUUCGCCAAGUUCGCCACUGCCUGCGCGGUCCGCUUCGUCGUUUUGCAUGACAAACGCAAGGACGUUGGGCCCUCUUUGCCUGUUGUCGGUCGUGCGGCUGAGCUCAGAACCGCUCGUGCCAUUGAACAUUAUCACAUGAUGAAGGUUGUUUCUCUCGAAUUGGAGCGUGAUAUGGACGGGCAGCAUUGA